CUUCACGGACACCGUGCAAGUUCUAGCCAUCAACUUUCAAGUCAUGGCAUGCCAGAAAACGUUCAAACAACACUUCCUGAUGGUGAAACGACCGUGAUGACUACAGAGCAGAUCAUUUCAUUCUUUCACGGCGAACGUACUAAUAAUGCUAAUCAAGAAAUAGCUGAACCGCCAAUAGCAAACCUAUUCGUUGACAUGAUGCAAGAUUUUCAGGGUCUAAUAGUGAGAUUUAGUGAAAAUCGUCUACGGAUAAUCCAUGAACAAAAGUUCAGAGAUUUGACAUAUAAUGAGAUGGCGAUUUACGAGAGAAUUAGGCAUCGUCGACCCUACUCACCAGAUGCUUAUCGAAUACCGCCAGUCACAUAUAGAUAUCUGGAUAUACUGAUGCAAGACGGGAUACAGACUGGAAUAGCGAAUAGCAACGAAGUUAUGGUCGACGUAGCAAAUCACAGCAGAAACGUUUAUCCUAGCCAUGGUGGUCAAUUGCAUCGUUUGACUGAGUGGGAAGGGCAUGAAUUUAAGCAGUUUUACUGGCAUUUUGCAACAUUUUGGAGAGAUAUGUGGGUCGUGCAGGAGCUGUUUCCUAAAGGCGAAAAAGAAGAAAGACAGGCUCAGAAGGAGCAACGGUAUUAUUCUAGAUAUGUAGAUCCGGGCAGGUUUUCUUAA